AGCAGAUGACCUAAAUGGUCAUCGUUUUGUUCCCAGUCUGGCCAUCACCUCUUGCUCACUUACUGCGAUCACGCUUUCCCGCGAACGGGCAAUGGACAACUCUGUUUUCCAGCUUCCUCUUCCACUGUUGCUAUUAGUUCAUCUGCAUAUCCUCGAGUAUCCACACGUCAAUGACCCAGAGUACGAUAUCAACGUCUUCAAUUCCCGAACGCGUGGUCUGCGAGAUCGUGCAAGAUCCACGCAGGAUAUCUUCUAUUUUCUGGUCGGAAAGAUUGAGAGAACAAAAGCACGCGUCCAGAAGAUCUUGCCCUCGUAUCCUUGUCUCAAGCCAGCAGACACCACGACGUUUCGAAACUCACUAGCAAAGUACAUUGAGAACUUGAGACAUCAAGCUAUUGCCUCAUCUGCUGACGCAGAAUCUCCAACCGCGAAUGUGGCUUGGUGGUGGAGAGACGUCGUUGUUAGGAAGUCACUCCUGGAACAGUGCGAGGGUGAAAAGUUUAUGCGUAUGGUUGUCUGCCUUUCAACUCACGCGUUGUUCAUCGCGGUAUCGGCUACUAAUGCCACUUUGAGUAAUAUAUCCCAACUAUCUGGGAACUAUGCUUCUCGACUUGAAUCUAUGAAAUAUGCGAAGAACGGCUGGGUUCGCACUGCGUCCCUCAUCCUACAGCGCAGUCGAGAUCUUAGCACGUUACGGACUAAUCUAGUGAAGCAGAUGAUCGCCCCGUCCAAGUACGGUUCUCUUUCCACAUCAAAACUCAUAGCCCUCCUCGACUCCAAGGGACGAGAUCUCAAGCAUAAUUGGACAAAUCGAGCACUGGAGUUUAUUCUUGAACUGUCUGGCCUGAAGAUGUCUCCCACCUUAUCGUUAUCCUCCCCGGAUACCAUCAUUAGUACCACCAUCCUUCGUCAACGAGCAUCUAAUAGUCUCCCACAGGUCCUGCCUGUAGCCGCAGCUCAUCAUUUAUCCAAUUUGCGAAAACUGAAGAAGCCGGUACUAGCCAUCAAAGCACCCGAGUCUAUCACUAUCAAUGUUAAAACAGAGACGCUAGCUCCCUAUCUCAGCGCGACUUUAUCAGAUUACCACGAUGCCCAAGUACGAAUGCAUCAGAACUUGCAAAAUGCACUGACAAUCAUCAACCGUGGUCAUGAUCGUUAUAACUCUCGAAUAAAGAAAAUGAAGAACCGUGGAGCCCUCUCUCUCAAUUUGAGGCAGCCUCCUGAUUGGCGACUGUAUGUGGACUUUGAAACACCUCCCGAUCCGUCUUUAUUCUCACUCUCUACACCCGAUAACCUUGAAUCCUUAGAAGAGCGUAUAAACCGUAUCAGGCACAAGCUCCCUGUAACCCCCGCGAUUGGCGCCUGCAGCCGAUACUCAACGAAAAAACCGACAAUAUCCGGCUGCAAAGCGUCUUGAAUCCUGCGAUACUACGUUGCAUGAAGACGACAGUUUUUCAACCACCGAUUCCGAAAUCUGAAUGUGUGUGGAGGGGAUCGAGAUUACUUUCAGGCUUUCCGUCUUUGGUAAACUCGUCCAUGGCAUUGAAAGAUCUCGAAUCUGAUGAUGGAGAGUGGUAAUAUAUGCUGAUAUUGACAUGGUAGUGUAGUACAUGCCAAGUCGGUAAUAUUAAUAAAUUUACAAAGCUAGCG